AUGAUAGAGAAUCUGACGAGUUUUUUAAGAGGAAAUGUACUAAAAAAAACAACGACCAAGGAUAGUUGUUGGAAACCGCCAGAGAAAAAUUAUGUAAAGAUAAAUAUAGACGGAGCCUUCACAAAGGACACAAAGAAGGGAGGAUGGGGUUUCAUUAUCAGAAACUCUAAAGGAGGAGUAGAAGCAGCAGGGGCAGGGAGAUUGUCAAGACUCUCUGAGGCAAUUCAAGCAGAAACAAUUGCCCUGUUAUAUGCCGUGGAGAGAGCAAGUGAGUUGGGAUGCAGGAAUGUAAUCUUCGAAACGGAUGCAUUGGUGCUGAAACAAGCUAUUGACGGAGACGCCUACGAUAAUUCAGUUUUCGGUGCCCUGUUUCGAGAAGCAAAGUUUAAACUCUUGUACUAUUUUCAGUCUGCUUUUAUCAAUUGGUGUCCCAGGUCCUGUAAUGUAGCUGCCCAUAAGCUAGCGUCAUUUGGCGCGAGUUUGGUUGAGCCAGAUAUAUGUAUGUGGUUGUCAGAUGUACCAAACUUUGUAACUGAAGCGGUUGCCAGCGAUUUUGUUGGCCCGUAUGUGUAA